CUUGUCUUGCUUGCUUUACCUCUUUCCUUCACCUCUUCUCCUCGCCCGCUCAAUCCCACAAUACAUUGCGUUCACUCGCUAGAUCAUGGACCAAAGCGACAAUGAUCUUCAAGGAAGCGAUGGUUCUGGGAGUUUGGGAGGCCCAGAUGUACGCAGACGAAUCCCCAUCAAACUCAUAUCCAAGCAGCCCAUAAGGAGCAAACCUCCACCCCGCACCCAGAGGCCCAGCAGCAGGCCAUGUAAAAGUGAGGCUGGAGAAGAUGAUAGCUUUGGCUUCAAGCAAGAGGAGAGGUUUGAUUGUGGAGCUAAAGCUGGUGAUGUGUUUGCAAGUCAGAGGAGAUUCCCCCAGGCAAUGUUUUGGGACUAUAAGUUAAAUCUGAUUGGAGAAAGGGAUGAAGUACCAAUUCACUUUUGUGAUAAAUGUGGUCUUCCUAUCCAGCUCUAUGGACGGAUGAUCCCCUGCAAACAUGUUUUCUGUUACGACUGUGCUUUGCUCCAUGAGAAGAAAGGAGAAAAAAUGUGUCCUGGCCUCACCAUGUACAACUGCACAGACCCAGUGCAGCGCAUUGAGCAGUGCCAGCGUGGUUCCCUCUACAUGUGCAGUGUUGUGCCAGGAUGCAAGCGCACCUACCUGUCCCAGCGUGACCUGCAGGCCCAUGUCAACCACCGCCACAUGAGGGCAGCCAAGUCUUCCAGUGGCCGACAGGACCCCGUGCACCUGCCCCCUGCAUCCGAGGUCCCUGACCGUUUCCGAGUGCCUCCACCUCACUUACCCAAGAACCAUGUUCACCUCCCCAACCCGCUCCAACACGGCAGCCAUGACCCCUACAGUCAGCCGCCCCCACCUACAGCUCACGAGGCCCCACCACCGAACGCUCUUGGUCCUGAGACAUUCCGCAUUGCCACGGUAACAACCCGUAAGCACAGCAAUCUCAUCACUGUGCCCAUCCAAGAUGACUCUUCUUCUCGGGAGCCCCAUUCUGGAGGGCCAGGCCCUGCUCAGCCUCCCCACCAUCAUCCCGGGGACUAUCCUGGCCAACCACCUGUAGUCUCCCACUCCCACCACAUGAUGGCGCCACCGCAGCAGCACUUUGGCCCCCCACCUCCUCCGCCUCCUCCUAUCAGCCACCCCAUGCAGCAUCCUCCCCAGGCCUCUGGUACACCACACAUGGUGUACAACCAGGCCCCUCCUCCACCCAUGUCCACAGCUCCUCCACCAAUCACACCACCACCGGGCCAUAUCAUGGGCCAGAUGCCCCCCUAUAUGAACCACCCGCCCCCAGGACCUCCACCACAACACAGUGGCCCACCUGUCAAUGCUCCCCCACCUCAUCACUACAACCCCAACUCCAUGCAGCAGUUCCCUGAAGACCAGGGCACCCUCAGUCCCCCGUUUAGCCAACCAGGAGGGCUCAGUCCUGGAAUGUGGCCCGCUCCAAGAGGGCCCCCACCUCCGCGUAUGCAGGGCCCUCCUCCCCAGGGCCAAAUGCCCGGACCACACCACCCAGAUCAGGGCCGCUACCGGCCUUAUUAUCAGUAAACUGCCAACUGAAUGAACGGGCAACAGUCGGUGUCAUUCUGUUCAUACCACUUGUCUGAAUAAUGUGAUAGUAGACCUCAGGGUUACAGGAUGUAACUUUCAUUUUGAUAUGACACUUGCUCUGAAGCAAAUGUGUAUGUGCUGCACAUUUUAGUUAAGUGUCUGAACUCCCCGCUGAACAUACAAUAGACUUGGAGAAGAGCAAGAAUGUCCCUUUUUUUUUUUAAUAGCGUAUGGUAAAUAUUUCUGUAUAUAUGUCAGCUGAUUUCACGCAUUGUUCUGUACAUUAAAAGACGCUAACUAUGUCUCAAUAAAUUUUUAACAGCA